AUGGCCGGUAAAGCAAGCAAGAAACAGGUCCAAACUAAUAUUAAGAUCCUAAGUGAUCUCUACAAGAUAGCCGUUCCAGUAUUGGUUCUAUCUUUAUUACGUGCAGUUUACUCUAAGGGUACUGAUGCAACAUAUACGGGAACCACUUUCAGAUGGUUACUUUUGAAUGCCCCGCUACUGGGGAGUCUCUAUACUGUUGAAUUAUCCGGUAGACCUCGUAUUAUAGUGGAUCCACAAACAGGUUCGAAGAAGAUCGUGAAGGAAGGGUUAGAUCUAUCUCAAAGUGAUGGUUUGUUGCAAUAUUUGUUUGAUUUAAUAUACCUAUCGUUGUUUGCUAAUGUUGGGAGAAUUUUGUUCAAUUCUAACAAAUUGUGGUAUGUGCUAUGGGUUUGUCCAAUUUAUAUCUGUUUUAAAUUAUACGGCUUAAAACAACAAUAUUUUGGUGGAUCAGGUUCAAAGAAUUCUGCCAAGGUAGAUGAUAAAUCUGAAGAUUCCCCAGUGGAGACAAAGUCUAAAAGACAAACCAAGAGGGAAAAAAGAGGUGAUAAUCAAGUUAAAUACAAAUAUAGGUAA